UUAGGGAUUCUUUCAACUCUGGGAAACGGGUAUGUUAUCUUUAUGUCCUCAAAGAGAAAAAAGAAGUUAAGACCCGCUGAGAUAAUGACUGUUAAUUUAGCAGUGUGUGAUCUGGGCAUUUCAGUUGUAGGAAAACCCUUCAGUAUCAUUUCCUUCUUUUCUCACCGCUGGAUCUUCGGAUGGAUGGGCUGCCGCUGGUAUGGAUGGGCUGGCUUCUUCUUUGGCUGUGGGAGCCUUAUUACCAUGACAGCUGUCAGUCUGGAUAGAUACCUAAAAAUCUGUCACUUGGCUUAUGGUACCUGGCUUAAGAGACACCAUGCCUUUAUCUGCCUGGCACUUAUCUGGGCCUAUGCGACAUUCUGGGCUACGGUGCCUUUUGCUGGUGUGGGAAGCUAUGCUCCUGAGCCCUUUGGGACCUCGUGCACCCUGGACUGGUGGCUGGCGCAGGCUUCAGUGGCUGGGCAGGCUUUCGUUCUCAGCAUUCUUUUCUUUUGCCUCCUGUUUCCAACUGCAGUGAUUGUGUUCUCCUAUGUUAAAAUCAUUUUAAAAGUCAAGUCGUCCACCAAAGAGGUUGCUCACUACGACACCAGGAUCCAGAACAGCCACAUACUUGAAAUGAAGCUGACCAAGGUGGCAAUGUUGAUCUGUGCCGGAUUCCUCAUUGCCUGGAUCCCCUACGCCGUGGUCUCUGUGUGGUCAGCCUUUGGACGGCCGGAUUCCGUUCCCAUUCAGUUCUCGGUGGUACCAACUCUGCUUGCCAAGUCGGCUGCCAUGUACAACCCAAUUAUUUACCAGGUCAUUGAUUGCAAAUUUGCAUGCUGCCGGUCAGGUGGGCUGAAGACACUGCAGAAGAAGAGCUCUUUGAAGGGAUCGAGGAUGUACACCAUAUCUUCACACAGGGAUUCGGCAGCACUGAGUGAAACACAAAUGGAAGUGUGA